AUGUCAUCAAUAUUAAUAUUUAUUAUUACAAUAUUAUACCUUGCUUCUGGGUUGGAAGCUCAGAAUUAUUAUCCACCCUACCCUGGUCCACCAUACUCUUAUGGAUCACAAGAUUCAGCAUCCGGAACAUUCUACUUGGCCUACCAAAAUGGAAACUGUGGCUACAAGGAUCUGUUUGGAGCUCUGGGUCCCAAGACUGAUUCUAUAGUUGCCGUCAACACCUACUUCUUCAACAACACCAAUCAAUGUGGUGUAUGUUAUAAUGCAACUAUCAAUAACAAAUCACUUGUUGUCAUUGUUACUGAUCAAUGUCCGGACUCUGGAUGGUGUAACAAGAACAGUUCACACUUUGACCUUGCCAAGCCUGCCUUUGACUAUCUACAAAAUCAAGCCACUCAAGGUGGUACGAUGAAUAACCUUGUCUUCAAGAAAGUUCCAUGUUACCAAUUCGCCUCAACCCCGAUCAACGUCUCGUUCAAAGAUGGUACAUCUCAAUAUUAUUUUGCAAUCCUCGCAUUCAAUCAUACCAUUGGAUUGGCAAAUGUUGAGAUUAAGAUUGGAGGAGGUGGAUUCACUCAAUUAAGUAGAACAUCAUAUAACUAUUGGUUACCAAUUAAUGGUGGUGGAAUUGGUGAUGACUUUGUGUUGAGAUUCACAUCCAACCUUGGUGAGGUAUUGACUACAUCAUCAUUCAGUAAAUCAUUGGUGGUGGCUGGAAAUAUUGUCAAUACUGGAGUCCAGUUCUCCAAGUUCCCUAGUGGCCUCCCACCUCCAGUGAUAACUACAACUACUACUUCAAACCCAUCAACCCCUACACCAACUUCAAAGCCAUCCACUCCUACUCCUACAUCAACUCCGACUCAAACUCCCACACAAACACCUACUCCAACCCAGACUCCAAAGCCAACUCAGACACCAACUCCAACCAAUAAUAAUCCAAGUUCAUCUAACCAGCCAUCACCGACACCCACUACCAAGCCAGUAUCUGAAUACUGUAGACAACAUUGGUUCGCUAAUCUGUUCAGUAUUUUCUGUUGA